AUGUCGUUAUUUCGAACCGACGAUGACAAGUCUGGGAAGCUGACGACGACAAUGGUCGAGGCCAAGACCAUGAGCUCCACGGCACUGAGCGGCGCCGACAGCCUUGGGGUCGUCAUGGCCGAGGGCGACAAGUUGGAGCGGAACAUCAGUAUUCGGCACAUGAUAUUCAUGGCGUUAGGAGGUUCCAUCGGUGCCGGUCUUUUCGUGGGAUCCGGUGCCGCCCUGAGCUCUGGUGGACCUCUGUCUCUGGCUAUCAACUUUGCAAUCGUCGGUCUUGGCGUUACCUGCACCAUGGGGUGUCUGGGAGAGCUGGCAGCUUCGUAUCCCGUCGCCGGCGCCUUUUACGAAUACUCUCGGCGCAUGAUCUCCGAGCCAUGGGGGUUUGCCAUGGGCUGGAACUUUGUCUUCAACUGGCUCAUCGUCUUCCCUUUCGAGCUGACUGUAAUCGCGGCGCAGAUGAAGUAUUGGAUCCCGGACCUGCAGCCGGCGUACAUCAUCACGCCCAUCCUCGUCACCCUGACGGGUACCUCGUUCCUCGGCUCCAAGUGGUUCGGCGAGAUUGAACACGCCUUUGGCAUCGGCAAGGCCAUCGCUAUCACCGUCUUCAUCUUCACAGCCAUCUUCAUCAUUACUGGGGCCGUGCCAUCGGAUCCACGGAAAGGAACGGGAUCCAGAUUUUGGCACGACCCCGGCGCGGUAAAAAACGGCCUAUCCGGUUUUCUCAUGGUCUUCCGCGUCGCCGGCAUGUCCUACGGCGGCACGGAGCUCCUGGGCAUGACGGCGGCCGAAUGCAAGAACCCGCAAAAGUCCCUCCCCCUCGCGACAAAGGUGGUCUUUGCCCGCAUCUUCUUCUUCUACAUCGUCUCCCUCCUCCUCCUCGGCUUCGUCGUGCCAUCGGACGACCCCCGCCUGGCCUCGGUCGGCCAUGGCGCAAAGUAUAGCCCCUUCACGCUGGCCGCUCAGCUCGCCAACAUCCCGCACCUGCCCAGCUUCUUCAACGCCCUGAUCGUCGUCGCCGUCGUCUCCAUGGCCAACACCAGCAUCUUCGCCGCCAGCCGUGCGUUCCAGGCCCUCUGCGAGAAGGGCAUGGGCCCCCGCUGGGGCGCCACGGUCAAAUGGGGCGUGCCGAUGUAUGCCUUCUUAGUCACCUUCGUCUUCGGUCUGAUUGCGUUUGUCAACCUGGCACCCGGCGGCGAUGUCAUCUUUGACUGGCUGCUUAGCCUCUCGGGGGCGAGCAACUACUACACGUGGGCCUCCAUCUGCGUGAGCCACAUUCGCUUCCGCAAGGCGUGGGCUGCCCAGGGGCAUGACCACAAAACCCUCCUCUGGAACAGCCCCUUUGGUGCUUGGGGUGCCUGGGUUGGGGUUUCUGUUUGCGCCGUAGGUUUGUUUGCCAACAUCCUGACGGCGAUUUUGCCCAUCGGCGGCCAUGAUGCUCAGGCCGUCAUCCGCGAUAAUGUUGGAACCGUGAUCCCAGCUGUCCUGUACUUUGGCUACCGGUUCUGGCAAUCCAGGAUCAAGAAGAUGAGGCAGCCCACCCUGAUCCCUCUGGGCCAGGUUGAUGUGCGGACGGGCAUCCGCCUCCAAGUGAGCAGCUGCAGCUCCGACGACCCAGAGAUUUCCGCUGGCAUGGUCGUCAACAAGAAUUGA